AUGGGGCCGCUGGCCGCCGCGAGUCGCCGCUGCGCCCUUUCCCUCACCAGCAGCAGCAGCAGCAGCAGCAGCAGCAUCAGCAGCAUCAGCAGCAGCAGCAGCCGUACCAGCACCAGCACCAGCCGCAGCGUCACCAGCCGCAGCAGCACCAGCCGCAGCAGCAGCAGCAGCAGCAGCAGCAGCAGAUUUCCCCUUUCUGCAGAUCUUAUCUGCAGGUCUUCUGCAGAAGUGUCAAUUCGCCCUUCAGGGUGUGUCUGGAGUUGGGGUGUCUGUACACCUGGGCUUCGCCGCGUGGCGAGCCUGCGUUCGCUGCUGCAGCUGCGCGGGGCCCCGCAGCAGCAGCAGCAGCAGCAGCAGCAGCAGCAGCACCCGGGGGACGAAAUCGAGGCCCAGAGGCCCCUGGCCCCAAACCCUUAUGACGGGUCUUAUAAGAGGCCCCUGGGGGCCCCCGACCCUUUCGACAUUCCCCGCGAGAAGUUCCACCAGUUCAUGUGGGGCCGCCCCCAGCGCUUCUCCAAAGAGCUCAAAGCCACGACGCUGGGCCUGGGCCUCGCCUGCUUCGGCCUCGGCCUCACUUGGCUGACGGCCUUUUUGAUGCGCCCGGACGACUUCGAGUGGGUGGAGGCGGAGCGCCGCAGGCUUGCUGCGCUCAAGCGCCGCCUGCAGCAGCAGCAGCAGCAGCAGCAGCAGCAGCAGCAGCAGCAGCAGCAGCAGCGGGGGGAGGGGGAGGGGGAGGGGGAGGGGCGGCAGGGGGGGAGGGAGGCUUGA